AAACCUUUGAACAGUCUAUCAAAUAAAAAGUUAUAGAAGACAUGCUAAUGAGGUUUAUGCAGAAUAUAUAUCAACAUCUAAUAGAUUCCAGUGAAAAUUUUGUUAGCAGAUAGCCUGUCAGCAAGGAGCGAAGGUUUUCAGUAUGCUACACAAACAAACGAUGCUAAGGUAAGAUUCAUUUGCAUAAACCAUCUUUAUCUUCAUAACCUGGAAUGCAUCCAUUUUGUACUGUGUUUGCUUCCUUAGUUUUUGCUUGCUCUGAUCUAGAUCAAACAAAAUAGAUCAAAAACAUGUUUCACAGAUGGUUGGCUUUGGUUGCCAACCACAUGUGUGUAUUUCUAAAUAUCCAAUAAGACCAUAACUAGAAAAUCAGACCAGAUACACAUUCUGUCCAUCAGAUGGAGGUUCAUUAUGAGGAACUGAGCCACCGACUGUCCCCUGGCACCUCUUGCACUAACCUGGGCAGUAGUUUAGAUCUAGCUAGCAUGGCAGAUCUGGAAGAGGAGAACAUCCAGGGAUCUCUGCGCUUUUCACUGUUCUACGAUCAGCUGCAGUCCAAACUGGUGGUGACGGUACUGGACGCCCAGGAUCUAGCUGUGCGAGACUUCAGUCAUAACGUGGACCCGUUUGUUUGGGUGCGGUUGCUGUGGGCAGAAAGAGAGGAUGAGGAGCAGAGUUCAAUGCAGUGUGUUCUGGAUGAAUGGCAGACAACUCUAAGGAAAAAGAGCUGCAGUCCUGUGUUUGGAGAUCAGUUCUCUUGCACCCUGGCUGAGGAGGAAGUACCAAGAGUCACUGUUAGAUUUGAGGUUCGGGAUUAUGAUAAAUACUCAAGACAUGGAAUUCUAGGAGAGGCCCGUGCUCCUCUGAACAGUCUGAAGCUCUCAUAUCCCCUAGAGUUAAGAGAGGAUCUGCAAGUACCCAAGAAAGAUAUGGUUGGUGAGGCACUGCUCUCUCUGAAAUACAUGCCUACAUCUCAGAGGCUAGAGGUGGGGGUGUUGAAGAUCCGCACAGUAUGUCAUCCCAAUAAGACUGAAAGAGCUCUCUAUGCCAAAACCAGCAUUACCAGCAACCACUGCAAACUACGACAUCAGAGGACAAAACAGAAGAAGCGUUGGGAGGUGACUGUGUUCAAUGAGGUCCUGACCUUUGUGUUGCCAGAUCAACAGAUCAGAGAGUGCACCAUUAUAGUGUCUGUUUAUGAAAUUCAGCCUUCUAACAAGUCUUCCAAACAUUUGAUUGGUCACAUCCACAUCAAAAAGGACAAAACCUUUGAAAAUGAGCACUGGAAACUGAUGAUGCAAUCACUACGACAGCCAAUCGCUAAGUGGCAUUUCAUCUUCAUCUGAAUACACCUCAAGUUUAUUGAGGCUUCCAGUUCCUGAGGUGUCUGUUUCAGGUGAGGAAUGAGGAAAUGUGCGCUGUCAAGAAAAUAAAAUGUUAAAUUUGGUUGCUCAUUGGGUUUAAAGACACAUACAAAAACGAUACAGAUUUAUAUGACUGUGUCUUUAACUAUGGGACACUUCUG